CCAGCACCGACUACUAGGGGUCACUACCGAAUCCGAGUCCUGGUUUAAACCCGGGUCACAGCCAAUUGAGGUGAGAGGACGCGUUCACCAGCGAACCUGAUGACGGAUUUUGAGUGUCCUGCACGCGUGCAACAUAUUCCUCCAAGCGCAAUGCUAUAUGCAGCCACGCCUCCCACUCGCCAUAAACAAGCGCCUCACAUGUAUCCCCAUGAUAUACACGUGCAAGAUCCAGGACGUUCCUCAGCCAGGCCGUCCCAUAGUCAACAUCCCUUGGCACAAAGAUCCAAGCAGUCACCCUUACAUGAAAAACAAACAAUCAGAAGCAGGAUAACCACCAUCCAACAUCAAAAAUACCGGUGAGGCCCACCAAAUGUAUGGACCAAAGCCUAUUCUUUAACAUAGUCCACAAUCCACCUAGCAGCCCACCUGAUGAAAGCCCCCCAUCUCUCACACGUGUGCCACGCCAUUGGAGGCAGCACGUGCAGAUGCACCACAUCAAAUAUAGCAUUCCUUCCUCCCAAAGAAACAAACCCAAAAGAAACCGUUUCUUGCGGCACUCAUUCAAGACACCGUCUCCAACCACUUUUGUUCAACCCCUACCCCUCCCAAAAAAAUUAAAAAUAAAUAAAAUCCUAUUUCAUAUCUCCAUCUUACAUCUGAUAUCAACCCAUCCAAUCCUACAAACAUAUAUAAAACGCACACAUGAAUCCACCACCAACAACCCUUCUUUCCAACAAAUGGGAUAUGGGUCCCAUCCACAAUUCCGAUACACACAGAAUCUCUGAUGGAAAGAUUGAUGGGUUGAUGAAAGGUUGUCAAGAGAAAGAUAUGGUAAUGAGUUUCAUGGUCUCCCAAAGGUCCUACGUUGAUCUCUUACAAAACUGCGAUCUCCCGCCGCCGGCGAAGGUCUUCCCGGGAGAAUCGGAAAUUGCUGUAAGAUUGGCUCCGUCAAUGCAACAACCAUCACCAUCCAUCGAGAUGGAAGAUGAAUUUGCUCAGGGUCUUAGCAAUGACAAGCUGGGUCUGCUGAGAGCUUUACAGCUCUCGCAAACACGGGCAAGGGAAGCCGAGAAGAAGGCUGCAGAUAUAAGCGCGGAGAAAGAUCGUUUGACGGCACUCUUCUUGGAAGAGUCAUCCCGGUUAUUUGCUCAUCGGCAAUGGCUGAAACUGCUGGAGAUUGAAGUUAAGAAGCUGCAUCCUCAGCUUACAGCUUCUCACGGUAUAUGCAGAGAGAGAUGGUCUGCGGUGAAGAAAGAUGAUGGUGAAGAAGCAGGUACUACCUGGUGUAUAGCAUUGGCCCUGUGCUUGGGCAUUGCCAGUGUGGGGUUUGCAUUGAGUUACAGAUACUUGUUUUGACUUCUUCGGAGACGAGUGGCGAGAUGGGCUUUAAAACCAUAGGAAUUUAUGUAAUAUUCAAGCAUUUUACUGUAAAUGAAUACUUUCUGGUAAAAACAGCCUACUUAUAUGAUGUA